AUGUCAGCGCACUCAACAUGCCCCCGACCAGGUUGUGGCGCCCCUGAGUCGGUGAGCCAUCUAUUCUGGGAGUGCAGCGCUGCCGUAGACCUGUGGGCGACAGCCGGCCACCUGCAAUUCCCGGACUUACCGGCAAGGGGGGUCCUCAACGAGCAAUUCGUACUUUAUGGGGUGAGCCAGUUGAGGUUUACAAAGGAGGAGUUCGAGAGGUACUGGCUCACCGUUGCCGCCAUCAAAGACGCCAUUUGGACCUCCAGAAACUUGCUGGUAAGGAGGUACAGACAGACCCCCCCCGUGGCUGUGCUCCAGAUGGCUGCAGCCUUUAUUAAGGCUGCACGCGGCAGGCCACGACACAGCCACAAAGAAGAGUCGUCUGUGCCUCACCCGGAGGAGGGAACCGGAGCUUCACGGUCAAGUCAUCAGAGAUAUAUACUUUUAGAUCUGGACCGAGCCAUCUUUUACUUCCUCUGGGGCUCCAAGUGGGAAAGACUCAGGAGGGAGGUUGUCAAGAAGACGAAAGAAAAAGGAGGAAAAGGCGUGCCGGACUUCCAGAUCUUCCUCGGGAGCAGAUAUACCUCCUUACACCUCCGAAGUGCAUUGGGCCCAUCCAGUAUUCCAAAAUGCCAAGCAAUGGCACGGUUCUGGAUGGGCUCAUACCUUCGGAAGUUGAAACUCAUUCCAGUUGACAACAGAAGUCCUGUUUCUUUUAAAUUACCACCAGCGUAUGCUUUUAUUAAAAAUUUUUUACAAUUUUUUAAACUGGAACAUGAAGGCUGUCAGGUUUUAAAAAAUCAUCGUGCUCUUAUUUCUGCUGUGCAGGAACGGAAUACAGUGAGCCCAGUGCGCGGGCUUGCACUCGGUGAGUCCACAACAGUUUGGCGCAACGUAAACCAUCCUGCACUCCCAAACAGACUUCGGGACCUGUCAUGGUUGGCUGCCCAUGAAGUCCUCCCAGUCAGGACCGUUAUGCACUCCCGGGGUAUGUCAGCGCACUCAACAUGCCCCCGACCAGGUUGUGGCGCCCCUGAGUCGGUGAGCCAUCUAUUCUGGGAGUGCAGCGCUGCCGUAGACCUGUGGGCGACAGCCGGCCACCUGCAAUUCCCGGACUUACCGGCAAGGGGGGUCCUCAACGAGCAAUUCGUACUUUAUGGGGUGAGCCAGUUGAGGUUUACAAAGGAGGAGUUCGAGAGGUACUGGCUCACCGUUGCCGCCAUCAAAGACGCCAUUUGGACCUCCAGAAACUUGCUGGUAAGGAGGUACAGACAGACCCCCCCCGUGGCUGUGCUCCAGAUGGCUGCAGCCUUUAUUAAGGCUGCACGCGGCAGGCCACGACACAGCCACAAAGAAGAGUCGUCUGUGCCUCACCCGGAGGAGGGAACCGGAGCUUCACGGUGAAGGUCUCGGCGCGGCGGCCUGACGUGAUGGGAGAGGAAGGAGGAAAGAAGAGAAAAAUGCCGGGGACCGUCGCUGGGCGACGUGGCAGGGUCCUGGAGCAUGCUGCUUGAGAGUGUGUGAUGAGUUUCACUGAGCAAGGAUUCAUACUGUGUCUGCACAGUAGGAAAAAAAAAAUAAUUGAGCCCUCUUUUUUUAUCAUAUUUAUUGUAUUAUUU